UCAUCUGGCAUGUCUUGCAUGGUGACUCAAGAUACAUUCAGUCGUUGUAGAGUUAUUCAAAGACAAGAAACCUGAUUUUUUUUUUAAAUUUCUUUUUUGGUGGAGAACAUUAAUAACAUUCAUUUUUUUCUCUACAUCCUCAUGGAUAGUGGCGUCAUCCUCAGGGUACUGGAGCUAAUGAAGCUGCUUUAUGUCAGAAGUGAAUCCUGCCUGUAGUGUCUUAGAUUUGUGAAUGGAUGAAUAUUUAAACAGCCCUCUUCAAUCUUGCUUCAAAAUGUCCCUGUGCACAUCUGCUCACAAGGACUUUUCUCAGUUGCUGCCACUUCAGGAUAUUGGAUGCAAUAAAACAGAAAUUAAAAAUUCACCUGCUGGCGUCAUCUCUCCAGCUCCUUACAGCUGCAAUCAGUCCACGCUGACAGCAGAGCACAGUCCAGUCUACAUUCCCUCAUCUUUCAUGGAAAACAGACACGAAUAUUCCACAAUGGCAUUCUGCAGCCCUGCCAUGGUCAAUUACAACAUCGCCAGCAAUUUUGGGGACCCGGAGGGCGUGACUGCGAGGCAAACCUCGAGCCCCAGUGCUCUGUGGUCUGCUCCUGGCCAUCUGUCCCCUCUGACUCUGCACUGCCAGUCCUCCCUGCUGUAUGCAGAGCAGCCCAAGAGCCUGUGGUGCGAGGCACGCCCGAUGGAGCCAGUGCUGCCCGGGAGCAGAGAAACAUUAAAAAUAAAAACUACUGGCAAUGACUGUACAAGCCCAAUUGCAAAUAAUCCUGGCUCAAAAAAGGAUGCCCACUUCUGUGCAGUCUGCAGUGAUUAUGCUUCAGGAUACCACUAUGGGGUCUGGUCCUGUGAAGGCUGCAAAGCAUUUUUUAAAAGAAGCAUUCAAGGACACAACGAUUACAUCUGCCCAGCCACCAACCAGUGCACAAUAGACAAAAACCGGCGCAAGAGCUGCCAGGCGUGCCGGCUGCGGAAAUGCUACGAAGUGGGGAUGAUGAAAUGUGGCUCACGGAGAGAGCGCUGCGGGUACCGCAUCCUGCGGAGCCACCGCGGCGCCGAGGACCGCGCGCACUGCCUGGGCAGAGCCAGGAGAUACAACGAGGCGGCCACGCGGGUCAAGGAGAUCCUGCUGAGCGCCGUCAGCCCCGAGCAGUUCGUGCUGACCCUGCUGGAGGCAGAGCCGCCCCACGUGCUGGUCAGCCGGCCCAGCAAACCCUUCACCGAGGCCUCCAUGAUGAUGUCCCUGACCAAGCUGGCGGACAAAGAGCUGGUGCACAUGAUUGGCUGGGCCAAGAAGAUUCCUGGCUUUAUUGAUCUCAGCCUCUAUGACCAAGUGAGGCUCUUGGAGAGCUGCUGGAUGGAAGUUCUAAUGAUUGGUUUGAUGUGGAGAUCGAUCGACCAUCCUGGGAAACUGAUUUUUGCACCAGACCUUGUAUUAGACAGGGAUGAGGGGAAAUGUGUAGAGGGAAUUUUGGAGAUCUUUGAUAUGCUCCUGGCCAUGACCUCGAGGUUCCGAGAGCUGAAGCUGCAGCACAAGGAGUAUCUGUGUGUCAAGGCAAUGAUCCUCCUCAAUUCCAGCAUGUUCCCCUUGUCAGCAGAGGAGCCUGAAAGCAACAGGAAGCUGCACCACCUGCUCAACGUGGUCACAGAGGCUUUGGUGUGGGUUAUUGCCAAGAGUGGGAUCCCCUCCCAGCAGCAGACCACUCGCCUGGCCAAUUUGCUGAUGCUCCUCUCCCACGUCAGACACGCCAGUAACAAGGGAAUGGAGCAUCUCCUGAGCAUGAAGUGUAAAAACGUGGUGCCAGUGUAUGACUUGCUGCUGGAGAUGUUGAAUGCUCACACCCUCCGAGGGCAGAGGAUGUCCCUGGCCACACACCCUGAGUUUGGCCCGCUGGAGCAAAUGGAGCCUGGAGACAGCCUGAGGAAUGGGGCACCCCAGUAAUUGUGAGGCUUUUUCAGAGCUAUGGGGAAAAUGUGAGGCUUUUUCAGAGCUAUGGGGAAAAACAGAGCUGCUGUGAUGGGGCUGCAGGAGCGUGACCUAGCGGGAGUUCUCAUCCCUUCUGGAUUUGCACAUCGGUGUCUCGGGAGAGGCCGCGGGGCGCUCACCUCUGUCCGUGUUUCUGACAUUGCAACAGCUGCACUGCUGUAGUGCCUUUUCUGAGACUCUGCAAAAGCACCUUAUGAAAUCAAGCCUCAGAACAGCACUGUGGGACAGGGGAUUGCUGCCUCUCCUUCUCAGAGGCAGAACUGAGAGGGAGAGGUAAAGGGACAGGUUUGAGAAUCUUGGAGAGAGCAUGUUGGUCUCUGUCUCCCAGAGCAAGACUUUUAAGAACUGACUGAACAAUGUCCUCUUUCAGCACGGGAUGGUGUGAAAUGUAGGACAGCAUCUUUUGGGACAGAUGUUUACCUCUGUGUGCUGGGGAAUGCCUGCUCUGCAGCUGAUCUAGAUAAAGUGCCGAGAUACAGACAGCGUGAAGGAGCUUAUUCUCAAAUAUGCAAUGGCUGCAAGAGCCUUCAUUUGAAGAUCAUUUGAAAUAGCUUCUAGGGUCAGUUUAGAGCCUUUGCAGAAUGUUUAAAUUGAUCUUGAGUUUGUAUUUUGUGAGCCUGUUCUUAACGCUCACAUUGUUAUCUGCUUAUAAUUCUUCAGUGCUUUAAGCCUGGACCAAAUCGUCUGAAUAUCUCAGUCAAUGCUGACCUUUGAAAUGUGUUUUGUCUGUGGGUUUAUCAUGUUGUUUUAUAUAUUUAUUAAUGAUGUUAAAUCUAUUCUAAUAAUUAGGUACAAGAAGUUGCUCUGUGAAUAUUAACUGUUUGUAUUUGUAUAUGAUCUGCUGAUCAGGUCUUGUGAAACCAGCUAGGAAAAAAAAAAAUCUUCCCACCCCUUUGACUGGCGUGUGGAAUUACAUCCUGCCCACCCAAAACCUCUUGCAGGGGGUGAGGCACUGGAUGGGAACAUGGAUGGGGAUCUGUUUUUGUCUGCUGCCCUGAGGUUUGCUGCUUGCUUGUUCUCAGCAUGCAUGGCACCUUGUGCUGUGGUCUGCAUAUCUUUCCAGGAGCCCUCAAAGAGCGAGGAUGGGGAUAAUGGUAAACGUAAAGACAAUGUAAGGAUGGGGAUAAUGUAAAGCACUGCUUUGCUUUGCAAGUGCGAUGACUUGUUUGAAUUACACUGAAGAUGUAGUGGUUAAAACUUCCUUUUUGUGCUGAUUUCUGCAUGUGUUUAAGCUGCACUGAGAAAAAAAAAAA